ACGCCUGGAUCACUCCCGAGCCAGAUCUCGAUCAAUGUUGACUUUGAAAAUGACACUUUCUGAAACACAAACAAGACUUACACUUUGAGAAUUAAACAUUUCUUUUGUGUAUCACACCAACUGACGACAAUGAAAUAACUUUCUCUAGUGUAUCACACCAACUGACCACAAUGAGAUCUUCCUACCAACGAGCGACAAGCGUGUAUAGCACAAGUUCACACAGAGGCUCGACAAGACCAAAAGGAAUGUCGACAGAUGAAAGAUUUUCUACAGAUCCAGCCAUCGUUACUCAACUAGAUAUGUUUAAACCCAAGCUACUGACAAGUUUGAUUAGAGAAGAAAAGAUCAAAGACAUUAAUAGCCGAGUCACUCGCUCAACAUCCAACUCACGAAUGAUACAGCCAUUAUAUACACAGGAAGAACUGAAAUCUCAACUCACCAGCAACGUUCGGACUUUGUUGUUUGAUAAAAACGGUGGAUUGAGAAAGAGAUUCAGCUGGAGCAGCCGAUCAAGUCUUAAAAGACCAGAUUUAGGAACUGGAUCAUUGCCGCCGGCGCCUGGAUGUUUACCUCCGAUCUAUCCCAAGCUCUGGACACACCCAAGCCUGGACAGUUAUGAACAGAAGUGGCUUUCCCACAAACGACAUCUGACGAGCGACUUCCUGAGUCCUACUACAAGGCAUUGGACUAAAUCGUAUUCCUUACUCAGGAUGUCAGAGAAACACAAGUCCAGACAUUAACUUUGUGUCUUUUUUGUUUGAAAAUCAAAUCUCGUUGAUUUUUAUACAUUUGUAUUAUGUUAUACUUUCUUUUGACAGACAAUUUUUUAAAGGUUUAAUUGAGAAAGAAAAUUAAAAAGUUACACAUUUUUAAA